AUGAUCAACUCACAAAACUCGGAACAAGUUCUUCAAUUUGGACAAAAAUGCUGGCAAAAAAUCAAAACCACUAGAAAGGCUCACAAAUGCGAUGUCGAAGGUUGCGAUAAGGUCUACACCAAGAGUUCGCACCUGAAAGCUCAUAAACGGACACAUACAGGUGAAAAACCUUAUGUUUGUACCUGGGCGGGAUGCGGGUGGAGGUUUGCCAGGUCAGAUGAAUUGACGAGACAUCAUCGCAAGCAUACUGGCCUGAAACCAUUUGCCUGCAGGUUGUGUCAGAGGAGGUUUAGUAGAUCCGACCAUUUGUCUCUUCAUAUGCGAAGACAUUGAAAUUUUAUUAGAGCAAACUAACAAAUAGUAAAUUAAAUUGAAACAAUACUGACUAA